AUGGAGGAAGAGUUGGUGGCACCGAUCCCCAACCCUUAUGUGCAGCAGCAUCUGUUUUUGAUCACGCGUCCCUACACAGACAAUGAGACGCGUGCAAAAAAGGUGGAAGCGCUUUUGACUCAAAUUGAGAAAGAUGCCAUGGCGCCAUACUAUGAGUUUAUUCUUGCUGAUCCAUCGAUCGCAGAAGUAGUGCCACGAAAGAAGGAACUACUCGAUGACUUGCAUGCGAAAAACAAAGCAGAGCUUGAGCGCCUAGAAGCGGCGCAAAAGCAAGCGGAAGACAGUGAAGGGGAUGUCGAGCUGAGUACUGUGCUGCGACGGCGUGCCAUGUACCUGGCUCAGAUCGGCGACAAAGAGAAAGCUCUCCCUGCCAUUGAUGUUGCUUUAGAGAAAGCACCUGGUGCAGGCUCGAAGAUUGAUUUGACGUUGCUCAAGAUCCGUUUGGGGUUGUUCUAUGGCGACACGGAUAUCACGCAGACCAACAUUGACAAAGCCAGUGCGCUCAUUGAGAAGGGUGGCGACUGGGAUCGUCGUAAUCGUCUGACAGCGUACCGUGGUGUAUACUAUGCCUCGAUCCGCCAGUUUUCUGAAGCCUCGAAGCUGUUUUUGGAGGCACAGAGUACCUUUACCGCCACAGAACUGCUGGACUUUACCGAGUUCAUCAAGCUGACCAUUUUGACAAGUGUUCCUACGCUGUCUCGCCGUGAGUUGAAGAAGCUGAUGGAGUCGCCCGAGGUACUACAGACAAUUGACGAACUUCCCCACCUGCGCGAGUUUACUUCGUCUCUGUACAAUAGCGAAUACGCCACCUUUUUCCGCGCGCUUGCCGCUGUGGAGCAAGCGUACCUGCUUCCCUCGCGCGUUCUUGCGUGCCAUACCCAGUACUAUGUCCGUGAAAUGCGUAUCAAGGCUUUUGCACAGCUCUUGGAGAGCUACCGAAGCGUGGCAUUGGAUCGUAUGGCUGCCGCAUUUGGCGUCUCGUCCGAGUAUAUGGACAAGGAGCUUUCGCGCUUCAUUUCUGCAGGGCGUCUGCCAGCUGUCAUUGACAAGGUGGAUGGUGUGAUUGAGAACCGGCGUCCCGAUCAGAAGAAUGCGCAGUACAGUCGCAUUAUUAAGGAGGGUGAUGUCCUCUUAAACGCCCUGCAAAAGCUCUCGCGUACAGCCUUGUAG